AUGUUCAUGAUUACCCACACAAUGUCUCUCAUGUUCGUGCUACAUGCCUAUACUGUCUUGCACGUUAUCACCAAUCAUCGCAGGCUCAAGGAAAAGAUGUUGAAGGAGCGGUUUGGAGAUUGGAAAACAUCGUUUCGUUACAUCCCUCGCCUGUUGGAACGCUUCAGGGCGAUUGACCCUGAAUCAACGCUCGACCUUGUGACGAAGGAUCACGCUUUCUUCCGUGUUUUUGCCGCCCCAUCGGCAUCAAAAACUGCCCUAAGGUUCUGCCGACCGGUCAUUGGUAUGGAUGGCACGUUUCUCAUUCGGGCACAGCGUGCUACGCUCUUGGUUGCAGCUGCUAAGGAUGGCAAUAACCAGCUUGUUCCAUUCGCGUACGACCUAUGCGAGAGUGAGAAUAAGGACAGCUGGAAGCGGUUUUGUGAGAACUUGUUGAAGCAUAUUCCAUCUUGGCCAACCACACAGAAUGCCUCCCUUAUUAGUGACCGUGACAAGGGGUUGAUUCCUGCUGUUAAAGAAGUGUUCCCAUUAGAGCUUCCCCACUACUUUUGCAGCUGGCAUUUGGAGCAAAAUGUGCUAAAGUUUGGGCCCAACGCCUCGGACCUCUUCAAGAAGCUCGCCAACUGCCGCACCAAGGCGAAGUUUGGGAAACUCGUGAGGAGAUGCCGGCAGCAGUGUGCCGCAAUGGCUAACUAUCUUUUCGGGCGCAACGAAGCAGCACGAAGUGCGGACGUCACCGGCGAUCCAGAGACGGGGUUGGGUGGGUUGGGCAAUGCGGAUGCUUAG